AUGAGUGCUGCAAAGCUGUUCUUGGUCGCUGGCUUGCUUGCCAGUGGUUCAUAUGCCUCGCCUAUUCAAGCAAGAACUCCUUAUGCUGUCAAAGAUUCACACUUUGUGCCUUCCAAAUGGAGACAGGUUGCUCCUGCCCCUUCGACUCACAACAUUGAUCUUCGUAUUGCCGUAAAGCAAAACCAAUUCGCCGAGUUGGAGAGUCAUCUAUACGAGGUUUCUGACCCCGACCACUCGCGCUACGGCCGACACCUGAGCGAGCUUGACGUCAAGAAGCUUGUACAACCUGCCGAGGAUUCAUUGGCCUUGGUCCACGAGUGGCUGGCCGACAAUGGCAUCGAGACGAGUCAUCUCUCUUACAGUGCCGCAAAGGACUGGAUCAAGGUUUCCCUGCCUGUACACCGCAUCGAAAGUCUGCUCGACACCAAGUACAGUGUCUACCGCCAUGAGGAUGGCUCAGAGACCGUUCGUACGCCAGAGUGGUCUCUUCCUGUCCACCUUCACGAGCACAUUGACACUAUCCAACCCACCAACUCGUUCUUCCGCAGCACGCCCAAGGCUGUGUCUCUUGAGGUCAACAAGGUUGGUGGCAGCUACUCCAAGGACGUCAUGUAUCACCAGGACCCCAAUGUCACUUCGAUCUGCCACACUCGUGGUGUCACCCCUCUGUGCAUGAGAACCCUGUACGAGACAAUCGACUACGUUCCCCAGUCCGCUGGCAAGAACAAGAUGGCUCUUGCCAACUACCUUGGCGAGACCAACAACCGUUCCGACACUUAUCUCUUCCUCGACAAGUUCCGUCCUGAGGCCAAGGAAGCAGCCUAUACCUUCCAGUUCGAUGUCAUCAACAAUGGUAGCACAUCACAAGAGGUCGUACACACCAGCAUUGAUGUAGAAGGUGACCUUGAUGUUGAGACCAUGUUGGGAGUUGGCUGGCCCACUCCUCUAACUGCUUACGCUGUUGGUGGCUCUCCUCCAUUCAUUCCUUCUAACGGUACCACUACCGAUACCAACGAGCCCUACCUCGACUGGCUCCAACACGUUCUUGCACAAUCAGACGACACCCUGCCUCAGGUUGUCUCUACAUCCUACGACGACGAGGAGCAAACCGUUCCUCCCUCCUACGCCAAGCGUGUCUGCGAAGACCUCGCUCAACUCGGUGCUCGUGGUGUAUCCGUCUUCUACGCAUCAGGCGACAGCGGAGUAGGCACUUCAGGCACCUGUACCGCCAACAACGGCAGCGGAGCCAAACGUUUCAUCCCCGAGUUCCCUUCCACAUGUCCCUACAUCACUUCCGUGGGCGCAACCAUGGACUUUAAUCCUGAAGUAGUCGCUUACCACUCUUCUGGCUUUGCAUCUGGCGGUGGUUUCUCUGAUCUCUUCCCUCGUCCGGCAUACCAAGAUAAGGCUGUUAAGGCUUAUCUCAAGACCCUGNGCGAUAGAGAUGCUGCAUACUUUAAUGCUAGCGGUAGAGCAUAUCCCGACAUUUCCGCACAGGGAAGUUACUUCGCUACAGUGUGGAACGGAACCGAGACACUCGUGUCCGGCACCUCUGCUUCUACUCCAUUGUUUGCUGCUAUUAUCGCUCUUGUCAAUGACGCCCUAAUCGCCAAUGGCAAACCCACCCUUGGCUUCCUAAACCCCUGGCUUUACAAGAAAGGAUACCGUGCCUUCACAGACAUCACCAGCGGUUCAGCAGUUGGAUGCUCUGAGAUUGGCGAUGGCAAAGGUUUCCCUGCUGUUAAAGGCUGGGACCCUGUCAGCGGAUUCGGUACCCCUAAGUUCAGAGACAUUGUGCACCUUUUGGGCGCACACGGAUUCUGGAAUCAUACCGGAGGCUUCAGCUAA